UUUCUUUCCUAAAAUCGUCAAAUUUUAACUAGUUGAUUUCAACUCAUCGGCGGAACAAUGUCGAUGGCAUUCUACGGGGACGCUCAACUCCUCUCCCGCCGCAUCUCCACUUUCUCCAUCAACAACAACAACUCGAACAAGAACAACAAGCCCAGAAUAAUUGUCAUGCAGACGCACCAUUUUCCACAUGUCCUCACUGUUGCCGGCUCCGAUUCCGGCGCCGGUGCCGGAAUCCAAGCUGACCUCAAGGCUUGUGCUGCCCGCGGAGUCUACUGCUCCACUGUCAUCACUGCUCUCACUGCCCAAAACACUCUUGGUGUUCAGGGUGUUAACGUUAUUGCUGAGGAUUUUGUUGCAGACCAACUCAAGUCUGUUCUGUCUGACAUGCAUGUUCAUGUGGUGAAAACAGGCAUGCUACCUUCUUUAGGCAUAGUCAAGAUUCUUCAUCAGCAUCUUAAGGAGUAUCCAGUUCGUGCUUUAGUGGUUGAUCCUGUUAUGGUGUCUACAAGCGGAGACGUACUGGCUGGUCCUUCCAUUCUAGCUGGGUUCAGAGAGGAGCUCUUUCCUAUUGCUGAUAUUGUAACCCCAAAUCUAAAGGAGGCAUCUGCUUUACUGGAUGGUCUUAAAAUAAAAACAGUUUCUGACAUGCGUUCUGCUGCAAAAUUACUACAUGAUUUGGGCCCACGAAAUGUGCUAGUCAAAGGUGGAGACCUUCCUGAUUCACUGGAUGCUGUCGAUAUCUUCUUUGAUGGUGAGGACAUAUAUGAGCUGCGUUCAUCACGCAUAAAUACUCGUAAUACUCAUGGUACUGGUUGCACUUUGGCAUCAUGUAUUGCAGCUGAGCUGGCAAAAGGCUCUUCAGUGCUCGAGUCUGUUAAGGUCGCAAAGUACUUUGUUGAAACUGCCUUGGAUUACAGCAAAGAUAUUUCCAUUGGAAAUGGUCCCCAAGGCCCCUUUGACCACCUAAUGAGUCUUAAGAGUAAUGUUCACGAGUGUGGUGGACAAGUCAGAUUCAAUCCAAGCGAUCUAUUCUUGUAUGCUGUCACAGAUUCAAGAAUGAACAGAAAGUGGGGCCAUUCAAUCUCAGAUGCUGUUAAAGCUGCCGUAGAAGGAGGCGCUACUAUCGUCCAACUAAGGGAAAAGGACAUUGAAACACGAGAUUUCCUAGAAGCAGCCAAAUCAUGUCUCCAGAUUUGUCGUUCCCAUGGAGUUCCGUUACUAAUAAAUGAUCGGAUUGAUGUUGCACUUGCUUGUGAUGCUGAUGGUGUGCAUAUUGGGCAGUCAGACAUGCCAACCCAUGUUGCACGUGCUCUACUUGGCCCUGAGAAAAUCAUUGGUGUAUCUUGCAAGACACCAGAGCAAGCAGAACAAGCCUGGAUUGCUGGUGCCGAUUACAUUGGUUCCGGCGGUGUAUUCCCAACUAAUACAAAAGAAAACAACCUCACAAUUGGCUUGCAAGGGCUUAAAACGGUUUGUCUGGCUUCUAAAUUACCUGUCGUCGCAAUCGGUGGGAUCAAUGCUUCAAAUGCACAAUCGGUAAUGCAAAUUGGUGUACCGAACCUGAAAGGUGUUGCUGUUGUGUCAGCUCUGUUUGAUAGGGAAUGCGUGUUGACAGAAACCAAGAAGUUGCACACACUGCUAGUUGACGCAACACAAAUGGUGAAAUGAAGACAUACACGGGAUGACUCCUUCGUGCAACGAUUUGGGAUCAUAAUGACUAUUCAUGAGUUCGUUGUACCUAAGAAAUGCUGAUAAUGAUAUCACAGUACUAUAAGGACCCCUGCAUUCAUGGUUGGCUUGCUCAUUAUGGGGUCUUGCUUGAUCGUUAUGGACGUUUUAUUUUUCUUUUCAUUUUUUCUUUUUGUAAUAUUUCCUAUAUUGGUCACUGUGGGAUGCGAUGAUUGUGCUCUAGUUAAUUUGGAUAAUAGGUCGCCAUGUUCUUGGCAUGUGAUUUGGAGUCGGUGGAGAGACAAGUCCGAGUUAUUUGUGCAUUAUCUUAUGGAAUUUUUUCUCGGGUGCUUGU